AUGGCGUCUACGCUGCCUUCACUGCCUCCGGUCGCAGGCACCGACCCUUCUUCCUCGGUUUUUGACGCUUUCCGCACAUCUAUAGCAAAAAGAGUAGCAGACGCCUUACAUCCUCUCACCAUAGAACAGGCUUAUGCUGGUGUUGACUUUGGAAAGAAGGGUGAAGAUUUCACUGUUGCGUUGCCGAGGUUCAGGCUACCUGGUAAGGUAGAUGAAUUGGCUAAAAGAGUUAUCGACCAGUUCCAAGCGGACGACUUUGUUGCCUCAAUAAAGCACGACAAAGCUUUCCUUCACUUUCAGCUGAAUACCACAUCUCUCAUCCGCGAAACCCUUAAUCAAAUACAUCGUCUUGAUGGCCAGUAUGGGUGUAACGCCUCUGGAUCUGGCAAGAAAGUCGUAAUUGAAUACUCAUCACCAAAUAUCGCGAAAUCUUUCCACGUAGGACACCUUCGAAGUACCAUUAUUGGGGCAUUUCUGGCCAACGUUUACAAGGCUUGUAGCUGGGAGGUGAUUUCUGCGAACUACCUAGGUGACUGGGGUACCCAGUUCGGUCUCAUUGCGGUUGGAUACGAAAAGUAUGGGUCGCAGGAAGAACUCCAAAGAGACGCAAUAAAACACCUUUUCGACAUCUACGUGAAGAUCAACAAAGACGCCGAGACAGACCCGGAAGUCAAAGUCGAGGCUGCGAAAUUCUUUCGCAGGAUGGAGGACGGCGACGAAAGUGCGUUAAAGAAUUGGAGAGAAUGGCGGGAGCUUAGUGUAAAGAAAUACGAAGCGGAAUACGACCGCCUCAAUGUGCAUUUUGAUGUGUACACUGGAGAGAGUAAAGUCGGACAGAAAUCAAUUGACGACGCGAUAAAGAGAUUGGAUGAAAUGGGGUUGAUUGAAGACCAUGAGGGCGCGAAGUUAAUUAAUUUGGAGAAGCACAAGCUUGGGAAAGCAGUUGUCAGGAAGAAAGAUGGCACUUCCAUCUACCUCACUCGUGAUAUCGGUGGAGCCGUAGAGCGAUACGAAAAGUACAAAUUCGACAAAAUGAUCUAUGUGAUAUCCUCACAACAAGACCUUCACGUCUCGCAGUUCUUCAAAGUCCUUGAGCUUAUGGAGUUCCCCUGGGCCAAGGAUCUUGUUCAUAUCAACUACGGACUUGUACAGGGAAUGAGCACCCGAAAGGGUACAGUCGUCUUCCUGAACCAAAUUAUCAAGGAAGCGACGACGGUGAUGCAUGAGCAAAUGCAGAAGAACGAAGAAAAAUACAACGCUGUGGAGGACCCGGAGAAAACUUCAGAGGAGCUCGGUAUCACUGGAAUCAAAAUUCAGGAUAUGACCGCCAAGAGGAUAAACAACUACACUUUCAACUGGGACCGCAUGUUAUCAUUUGAGGGCGAUACCGGUCCAUAUCUUCAAUACGCACAUGUCCGUCUUGCUUCAAUCGGUCGCAAAAACCCACACCUUCUACCUCUACCUCCCCCAUCCGAGAUCAAUAUCGAAACCCUCACCACUUCCAUACACGCACGGGAAAUUGCGUUCCUAUUGGGUACAUACCCGGACGUCGUAAAAACAGCGUUAAAAACUCAUGAGCCUAGUGGGGUAGUGACGUUUGCGUUCAGACUGAGCCAUGCGAUUUCGAGUGCUUGGGAAACAGUCAUUGUGAAAGGAGAGGAAGACAUAGAAAAGGCAAAGGCAAGGAUGUGGUUGUAUGAAAGCGCAAGGGAUGUUUUGGCGGCCAGUAUGCGAUUGUUGAGUAUUAGGCCUUUGGAGAGGAUGUAG